UCGAAUUUUUGUGAAUAUUUUAACGGUCGAUAGGAAGGAAACAUAUGAGAAUUCGUGUUAGUGGAACGAACGUUAUGUGUGUGUAAGCUGUUGUCACCGGCUGAUUUUCCACCCCACGCAUGGUUCCUUGGCCCACGCUAAAGUCUGCUAGGCUGUUCUAGCUAAACGCGUUAGUAGUUUACGUUUAGUUAAUAGUCGCGAAGAAGCAGUCGCCUCCAGCUCCAGUCGUCUGUAGCCGCCGGUUCAGUUCGAUCGACGCGCUCAACGAGUAUAGUCGGUCCGUUAAAACCGAAUUUUAUCCUCGCGAUAGUGAACGAGCCCCCGAAGAACCGGUGAACUCUGACCUCACCGAGUGAACGGCGAGAGCCUAAUCGUAAGCGCUGGUCGUCGAUCUCGGUACUUCGUUAUCUGGAUAUUUAUCAGAAAAGUCGUCUCCAGGAUAUAUCGCGGCCACCAUGCUACCAAGAUUACUAGUACCGAUCAUUUUACUCCUCGUUAUUUUAGGACUAUCGAAGGCUUGCGAUUUGGAUCAGAUGCAAUAUGGGUGCCGUAUUUAUAAUGCACAAUGCAGAUGCGGAUACGGUUGCUCGGCCGAAUACAGAUAUAACAGUAACGAAGAUUGCAGAGAAGCGUUGAGAGGCGGCCGCGGGGAUAUAUGUUACAGGACAAAACCAUGUUUGAACGGAGGAUCGUGUUCGCAAAUAUCGUCGGAUCCCGGGUACAAAUGUCGUUGCGAAGGAACUGGCUUUUACGGAGCACACUGCGACAAACCUUGUGCAGGACCGAGUAAUCAAGGUUUUCGGGGGCCGUUCCCUUACGAAUGCGUAAUCAUUUAAUCGGACAUUUUUGGAGGCUCGCCUUCGAAAUCAAAUACAUUCAGUAUAAUGUCAAGUACAAAACGAUAAAUACACUUUUCACAUCUUUGUACAUACAUAAUAAAUAUUGUAUAUACGAUACUUA